AAAUGACUGAUUUUCAAGGUUAAAAAUGCCCCAGCUGAUGCUUAUAUUGGAAAUUUAAUUAUUAUUUGUGAUUAAUAUAUCUUUUGAGAAACUAUACAAUUUUAAACAUUUCCAACUAGAAAUAGUGAAUUACUGUCACACGGAUUGAUAUAAAGUGUACCAUAGGUUCAAUUGUUAAUUAAGGAUAAACUGAAGAUAGUUGGAUUCUACUCAGUUAAACAGUAUUUAGGAAGUUAAAAUGCCUCGUGGUAAACGUAGGGCAGCAUCAGACAAUUCGAACGAUGAAGAGAGGAGUAAUUCUAAGAGAAGAAAUACGAAUAGUUCACGCAGAUCAGCCAGGGUGGAGGAAACGCAGAGCUUUAACAACAAAAAAUCGUUGGCAUGGUUUAGGGAAUAUACGACUGCCGAUGAAACCGAUAUCAUCGGACCUGAUGGAAUAGAGAGAUUCUGCGAAGACAUCGGCGUAGAACCUGAAAAUGUUCUGAUGUUAAUAAUCGCAUUCAAAAUGCAAGCCCGCAGGAUGGGGUUUUUUACCAAAGAGGAGUGGUUGAAGGGGUUCGGUGAUCUUCAUUGCGAUUCCAUACAGAAGCUUCAGUCGAAGUUUGAUUAUCUUCGAUCUUUACUGAACGAUCCAAACACAUUCAAAGCAAUCUACAGAUAUGCGUACGAUUUUGCUAGAGAUAAGGACCAAAGAAGUAUGGAUUUGGAUACUGCAAAAGCAAUGCUUCAACUUUUGCUAGGGAGGACAUGGUCUUUGUACAUCUACUUUAGUCAGUUCCUUGAACAAUCCAAGUACAAAGUUAUAAAUAAAGAUCAGUGGUGUAAUAUUCUCGAAUUCUCAAAAACCAUAUCCAUCGAUUUAUCGAAUUACGAUGUGGAUGGCGCAUGGCCAGUAAUGUUGGAUGAAUUCGUGGAAUGGUUGCGGGAGUACAGGGCCAAGACAACAAAAAGUUGAGGUUGAGACGACACUGAAAACUAGUUUACAUCAUUAAAUUUGAAUACACACUUUGUGGGUCUUUCAAGUAACCAGUGAUUUCGGAUUAAAGCUAGGAGUACAGAAUCUUGUAUAAAAAAUUAAAACAUUCAAUUUCCUGAAACUAUAUAUACGGAACUGGAUACUAUCUCUAUUUAUUUGUUCUCGUGAAUUUCCUGGGAAGAUUCUUUCUGGGAAAUUCAACAAAAUCGUACUAUUUUAUGAACUUGGGAGUUCGCCCGAAUGGAACCCCCGUCUUAUGUGAAUUAUUCCGAUUGUGUACAAUAAAUUUUUUUCAACACUU